AUGACACCGCUGUUAGAGAUCGACGAUGUAGAAGAUCUCCUGGAUGUGGGAGACGCACAUUUGUCAUUCCCCUGUUCUGAUGGCGAUGCUGCUGCUCGCAAUGGCGGGAAGCCAUCAGACUCUUGUGUAGAAAAGAAGUCUGUGAGGCGACGGAGACCCGGUCUGGCGGUUUUCUUCCUGGUCAUCAUGACAUUAAUGAGUACUACUGCAUUGGAACUCCUGAGCACCAGUAGUAUCUCUGCAUCACCAGAAGACCAUACUCAUCAUCCUACGUGCAUCAACCAGGAAAAAGUUUCAGCUAAACAUGACUCGAGCCAUCGCAUUGCUGUCUAUAUGCCUGGGUGUUCUCCUCCCACUCAUUGCUGCACGAUCAGUCAAACAAACCCAAGGGAAGUGCGGGACACACUAAUCCGCGGAUGGGGUUUCACAAUGGAGAGGCCCCAGCUGGUAGAAUUACUGAGUUACAAAAUCCCAGUGGUCACUUCAUCAUCCUUAUGUUUAGGAGGCAAAGUAUAUGAGUCCUGUGCACCAACCUGUAGUAACUUGAAGCCUGACUGCCCUAAAGCGAGAUCUCCAGGAUGUGUCUGUGGAAGCGGCACUGUAGAUAAUGGCUUAGGUGAAUGUGUGAAUAUUGAAAAGUGUGAUUUCUGCAGCGGGAACACAACAUAUAUCUCAUGCGGCAGACCCUGCUCCCCUCAUCAAAUUUGCGCAGCAGUCUGUGUUGAGAAGUGCGUCUGUAAAAGCGGCUAUGUGUCCCUGCCUAACAGCAACAGAUGUGUUCUUCGUCGGGAUCUCCCCUAAAGUAGAUACAACAUUUAAACCGUCUCAUGUGUGUCUAAUUAACAAUUGUCAAAAUCUUAUGUGACCUCAUCCUAUUAUAAGGAGAGAUGUCUGAUAUAAAUAAAGUGAUUGCAGACAUUGAUUUUAUGUCUUCACACUGAUUCACAAAACGCUCAGCAUCUCUGACCAGAUCCCGGCCACCCAGAUUGAAAAAGGCAUCUGGUGGACCCCAAUGGCGAGAGCAUGAAGAGGUAAAGAGAGGGCUGAGGAGAGACAGUGAAUGUGCACAGUGGUUCCAGCCCAACACAGUUCCUUUCAGCAACAUAUACCUGUACAGUACUUAUAGUGACUAUUACUUCUAAAAGGAGCUAUCCAACAAAUACAAAUGUGGCCCGUUAUGUUAAGUAUAUCAAUACAAAAAGAAUAAAAUGCUGCUCUCCAGUGUAA